CUCUGAGCAGGGCAGGCUGGGCGGCUGCUCUCUGGAUCUCCACCUUCUCCGUGUCCUGCUCCUUUCGUGGACAUGGUGGCCGCAGGUGAAGGAGGUCCCCACGUGACCUGAGCGCACCUGACAGCUCGGAGUUUGCCUCAGAGAAGUGACAGUUUGUGUUCUUGAUUGAAGGCACCUGCCCUGAGCUCCUCCUCCUCCCGGCUCCCUCGGCUGUCACUCUGUGUCUGUCAGUGUGAGGAUAUCUCCUUCCCUCUUUCUAGGGUUUCAUAAUGCGCCGGGAUCUGCCGCUCAUUCACAGGCUGGGGUGGAUUUCAUCCCUCUGCUUGUUGGAGACCAUCAGCCAGUGAUGAAAACGGCCUCGAUAUGCAUCAGCACAGGGGUUUGGAGGCGCUGACUGGGAGUCCUCGGGUCCCACACAACUUUAAAUAAGAGACAUUUUUACAAGAGGACUAUUUUUUAAGGAUUUAUUGUCUUGUUUGGAUUCCCUGAACUCAUAAUCAUGGGGAACGCAGCUGGAAGUGCCGCAGUCUCUCAAAAUAAGGAGACCAGGAGUUUGACUCCCACCGGGUCCGCGAGACAGGCGGCAGGUGUGAACCCCCCCAUGCCCCCCGAGGAGGAGCUGGAGGAGCGCUUCAGCGCAGCUCUGAACACAAUGAAUCUUCCGCCCGACAAAGUAGAGAUCCUGGUUCAGUAUGACAACGAGAAGAAAUGGGAAUUGAUCUGUGAUCAGGAGCGAUUCAAGGUCAAGAAUCCACCGUCUGCUUACUUGGAAAAGCUGAAAGCUCACCAGGUUAAUGGAGGAAUUGGCUGGAUGUUCAAAAGACGUGUUGAAGAAUCCACACCCGUCCUGAGGGAGCUGGAGAUUUCCCUGAGAACCAACCACAUCGGAUGGGCAAAAGAGUUCCUGAAUGAAGAGAAUCGUGGCUUGGACGUGCUUGUGAAUUAUCUUUCUUUUAUUAACAGUACAGUCAAGAAUGAUGUGGACACUUCGGACAGAAACACCGAAUGCAGAGACCAGCACACCUACGCUUCUGUGGACAACCUCAAUGGAAGCCCCCCACCCAAGAGCUCUGCCUCAAGAGCCAGCAGAGGCUUCACACUCAGGAGACCAAUGAGGAACUCCCGUGUUUCAAGUCAGAAAGAUGACGUCCAUCUGUGCAUCAUGUGUUUACGUGCCAUUAUGAACUAUCAGUCUGGCUUCAGUCAGGUGAUGCAGCACCCCUCAUGUGUGAACGAGAUCACGCUGAGCCUCAAUGACAGACACCCCAGGACCAAUGCUCUGGUGCUGGAGCUGCUGGCAGCCGUGUGUUUGGUCCAGGGGGGCCAUGGCAUCAUCCUCUCUGCCUUCAACAACUUCAAAGAGGUCUGUGGGGAAAAGAGGCGAUUUGAGAAGCUCAUGGAAUAUUUCCGCAGUGAGGAGAGCAACCUGGACUUCAUGGUGGCCUGUAUGCAGUUCAUCAACAUUGUGGUCCACUCAGUGGAGGACUUGAACUUCAGAGUCUACCUUCAGCACGAGUUCACUCAGCUCCAGCUGGAUGACUACCUGGAGCAAUUGAAGUUAUCAGAAAGCGACAGGCUGCUGGUGCAAAUCCAGGCCUACCUGGACAAUCUGUUUGAUGUGGGCUCUUUGUUGGAGGACGCAGAGGCGAAGAACGCCAUGAUGGAGCACGUGGAGCAACUGCAGGAGAAGAACGUUAAGCUGAACACCAGACUGCAGGAGAGCGAGAGCGAGGCAAAGGUCAAAGUGUCACAGCUGGAGAACAAGCUCAUCCAGACCACCAAAGAACUGGAGCUCCUGAAGGGAAGUCUUAACAGUCCGAGCUCCCAGGGAAACACAGACGAUCCACAUAAACUGGUUUCCCGGGUUCAGGUUCUGGUGCAGCAGGGUGUCCUCUGUGUGGAGCGUUCCCCCACCGGGGAAGCAGUUGUCAAAGUCCAGCAGACAGAUGAAACUGAUGCUGCUGCGACCUCCCCACAACCCCCAACGGAAGAAUCUCCGCAAACUCCAGCUGCUGCUCCGCCUCCUCCUCCCCCUCCUCCUCCUCCGCCUCCGCCGCCUCCAGCCUUAAUUCCCCCACCUCCUCCACCACCCCCACUGUCUUCUGGAGGCUUCACAAACCAGAAAGAGGAUGCAGGAGGCAAUAAGACUAAGAAGCCCAUCCAAACCAAGUACCGCAUGCCCCUGCUGAACUGGAAGCCCCUCCAGUCUUACCAGGUGGAGGGCACCAUCUUCAGUGAGCUGGAUGACACGUCUGUCUUAAAGACUCUGGACAUGUCCACGUUUGAGGAUCAGUUUAAGACCAAAGCCCAGGCCUCCACUGUGGACUUGGGAACCCUGAAGACAAAAGCGAGCCCCAAGCCUUCCAUCAAAGUGUCUGUGGUGAAUCUUCACAGGUCCAAAAAUCUGGCCAUCACUCUGCGCCAAGAGGACAAGGAUGCUUCUGAAAUCUGCCACGCCAUCAAAACGUACAACCUGAAAGCUCUGCGGUUGGAUUUCCUGGAGCUUCUGGAGCCUUUCAUCCCCACAAAGCACGAAAUGAAGCUCAUCCAGGACUUUGAGGCAGAGGGCAGGUGUCUGGACGAGCUCAGCGAAGCGGACCGCUUCAUGGUGCACUUUAGCAAGAUCCCUCGGCUCCCUCAGCGUAUUAGCACCCUCACUUUCAUGGGUAACUUCCCCGAUAGCGUGCAGCUCAUCCAACCGCAACUGGACGCCAUCAUCGCAGCCUCCAUGUCAAUCAAAUCCUCCAACAAGCUGAAGAGAAUCCUGGAGAUUAUCCUGGCGUUUGGAAACUACAUGAACAGCGGAAAACAAGGGCCGGUGUAUGGCUUCCGUCUGGAAAGUCUGAAUUUGCUAUUUGAGACCAAAUCUACAGACCGGAAGCAGACGCUGUUGCACUUCAUUGUUAACGUCAUCCAGGAGCAGUACUCAGAUCUGCAGACGUUUUACACAGAGCUGCAUUUCCUGGACAAGGCAGUGCUUGUUUCAUUGGACCAGCUCCUGGCGGAUGUGGGAGCUCUGGAAAGAGGCAUGGAGCUGACAAAGCAGGAGUUGUGUGAAGAGGAGGAUAACGCAGUCCUGAAGACGUUUGUGGACAGCAACACUCAGCUGCUCAGCUCUCUUGUGGCUGAUGGGAAAACGGCUCAGGAUGCAUACGAGUCAGCUGUGCUGUACUUUGGAGAGGAUCCCAAAUCCACUCCACCCUCCGCCUUCUUCUCUCAUUUUAACAGGUUCAUCAAAGCAUACAAGGAAGCUGAGAAAGAGCAGAAGAGAAAGAAGUUUGACCUGCAGUACGAAGCUCGAUCGGGUCCUGUCAAUGCAAAGGGGGCUGAAAGGAAGUCUUUAGCACCAUGCGUAAAGCCUCACAUGGAUCUGAUGGCAGAGCUGAAGAAGAGGCAGUCGACCCCUCUGGUGAGGGAGGGGAAGGACGGCACCAUCGAGGACAUCAUCUCAGACCUGAGGAAUCAGCCGUACCGGCGGUUGGACAGCGGGCGCCACAGCUCCAAGGGGAAGCUCAAGCAACAGCUGCAAGUCUCCUCGGACAUCUCCCUCUGAGCGGCAGAAAAGGCUGCUGCAGCAGAACUACAGCACUGUGCGGCGCCGCUCUGCACGCCGACAUGUAGAGCUGGACACGCGUGCAGCGAGGUCGCAACUGCACCCGGACACUGAUGCAGUUUACAUGGACUGCAGGCACGAGCAGAGGUUCAAAUAUGUCAAAGACUGUGGAAACUGAGAGAAUAGCAGGAAAGUCUAAACGACUCCGCUGACGGGGAGCAUGAGAGCUGCUUCCACAACGCCAGGAAACCUCCAUCCUUGUCAGCUGGAAGAGUUUUUGGAGCUUUCUCAAAGAAAACCAAAAAAAACAAGCUUAGAGUAUUAGUUCACUCUCUUUUAUUUCCUCUGUUUUUAUGGCCGGUUUCAAAGAUUACAGACUCGUAACAUAUUUAAAUUAUUUUAAGUAUAUGAAUAUGAAAAUGCUACAUUACUUCUUUCUUUCAGCACCCACCUAAUAAAGCAUCUGGCAUUGCUGAUUUAGUGUGUUUUUAAACAGUUGAUGUAGUUUAAAUGGAAUAAAUGCAUUUGUAAAUGUAA